AUGGAUAGUGACAGGGAGAGUGAGAGACUGUUUUCACUGCGGCUCUCCCGGGUGAUGGGGGAUAUUGGAGUCAGCAGAUGGAUGAUAAGAAGGAGGAGGAAAACACAUUUGAGGAUUGAACCUAUGAACAAUGUUGGUUGUUUGUUAAGUGAUAUAAAUAAAACUACAUACGUAUUUGGUAGUCAGAGUGAAGGCACCACAACACCUGAGAUGGAAUCUGAUACUGACUUCUUGCUUUGUGAUAACAGAGAACAUGUGGCUCUUAACUUGGCAACCUGGCAGUAUGGAAAGCCAAAUCUGCUGGUGUUAAAGAAUGAGCUCACUCCACCUCAACACUGCUACUUACAGAGACUGAGAGAUGACUGCCCACUACCAGAAGUUCACGCAGAAGGUCCUGAUGAUGUGCUAGAUAGAGAGGGUCGAGUUUUAUUGGCUAAUACAAGGGUUCAGUAUCAGGAUAUUAUACAUAGUUUUAGUGAGUCUGGUGAACUAAUCCUACAUGGCCCAUCAAUGUCAUAUGAUGAAAUGUCUGACCAUGUCUAUGCAUACCAUUGUAACCAGCUGCCAGAGGAAUGCCAGUUCAUGUUCCACAGACCACGCCCUGGACACUGGCCAAGACCUGACACACUAGCCAGGGCCAGGGAGGUUGGAGUCUUCCUAGUGCCACAGGGAUACACUGAGAGCCCUUCUAAACAAUCAAUGUGUAGAUCCAAAGCAUUCAUGAUUCCUUCAAAGUUAACCAGUUACCCUUAUUCAAAAUGGCAGUGGAGGAUUUCAACUUCAUUGAUGGAACGAUUUCUAAUGUUUGAUUUUAGUCCUAUUCAAGUGAAAACAUACACACUGGUCAAAAUAAUUAGAAAAACUUUAUUCAAGCCUGAGUUUGGGGACAGAUUUAGUACUUUUCACAUUAAAACUGCAAUGAUGUUUACAAUCGAAAACUAUCCAGCUGAGAUAUGGAGGGAAGACAAUAUUGUAAAAUGUGUGUGUCUACUUUUGAAAACACUAAAACGAUGGGUUAAACAGAAACACUGUCCUCACUUUACAAUCUCUGGAGUCAAUCUGUUUGUGGGAAAGUUGAACUUGUGGGAGCUUCCAAAACUGUGCAGCAUUAUUUCACAUCUCAUCAACACAAAACUGCAGUGUUUGUUUUACACUCGUAUGGACAAUAUUGGUUUGAGAUUGCUACAGAGCUCUGGUCUUGAAAAUAUAUCAUAUGAGAAUGUUAGUACAAGAACCGAGAUCUGUAUGGUUGUUCUAGAGGAACUACUUUUGACAGAACUUGUUCACUUUACAUCAAAAAUGACCGAAUUAAUAACUGAUAAGUCAGUUGAUGACAUUGAAAGCCACUUGUUUAUUCUACAUAGUAUGUUAGACUCCCCAAGUGACAUUGAACAGGAAGUAGUUUGUAUGCUGACCCCAUUCCUAUGCAGCACCCUUGCUUCAAUCCUGGCUUCAAGGUGCAUCUAUCUGGGACAACCAAUCACACAGGAUAUCUUCCACUGGUACCAGCUGUCAUUUGACUUAGACCUUAUGUCCAGUAGGCUGAAGUUUGCCUCCAUGUUGUACUGCAGCAGGCAGUAUGAGGAAGCUGCAGAAGUACUGACUUACUGUGAAGGGCUGCUGGGACCAGAAGUGUGGCAGAGCUGUACACAUGAUGGAAGGAAAUGCCUGAAAUCAAGCACUGAGUUUGAAAACAAGUUGAUAUUCAACUCAAACACAGAGAUGCGGAAGAAAUUCACAAUGAUGUGUAUUAACUUCACAAAGGAAGAAAUAAACUGUAUUCCACAACAUCUUGCAUUUGAAAUGCUGAUAAGUAUAGAAGGUGAAGACAGAUUACUAUUUGACAAGUGGAAGAACAAUGUAGUCACUGACUGUGUCCCAUUCCUUUAUUACUUACAGCAUCUCACAUACUGGGAGCUACACCAACACCAGAGAGCGCAAACAGCGUUACAUAACCUAUAUGAGUAUACAAUGGGGACGGAACAUGGCCACAUUGACACAGCCCACAACAUGCUGGGCCACUGCUAUGAACUUCAGAACAGGCUGGACCUGGCGUGGAUGUGCUACAACAGAUCAAUGGAAAUCUAUGAUACAGACAAUGUUUCCAUUUGGCAUGCAGCCAGAAUACUUCAUCAGUUUUUACAAAGUUGA